AUAGCGUAACACAAAAAGGAAAUGGCAAUUUAGACAUGCAAGCUUAAUGUAGAGACAAGAGCAACAUUGUUUGGUGUUUUCCCUAACAUCUUGAAUUCCUGACAUUAGACGCCGUUUCGCUAUUUUAGCGCAUGGGUAUAAGACGGUUCACAGAUGCUAAGAAGAAGCUCUUUAAGUUAGAAAGUUUCGGUAAACAUGGUUAUUUAGACUUCCGUGUGUUACAGGAAGCUUAGUAGGACCGAAUCCAAAAAUGAUGCACUCAAAGGAUAAAUACGAGGUGAAUCCAACAACGAGGGCUUCUUUGGGCGAUCGCUUAUCCUCGUACUACGGAAACAUCCGCAGUAUUCUCCUGGGGAGAAGGUCCACCUAUGAGGUGGAGGAAACAUUUCCAACUGUGGACGAAGGUCAUAGUUCUACACUCAAAGAGAAAGAGACCACUGCGGAAGAGAUCCUUUUGAAGCCAAAAUGCCUGGACCUUCAGCGUACUCUGAACCGGGAGGCACACCGGACAAGCUCUUACGAGAUUCCCAACUUGAUUUUGAGGAGAGGCCAGACAUUUGACAUGAGUAUCCUCUUUGAUAGGGUCUUCUCAGAGCAGGACGACACUAUAACUCUACAGUUUGUCACAGGUCGAAAGCCAAUACAAAGCAAAGGAACCGUAAUAUCCGUCCAUAAGGUGCGGGAACUACAACCAGGAACCUGGGGAUAUCAGAUUACUGGAAUAGAUGAAAAGAAAGUCAAUAUCAAAGUAUGUACAUCAGCCAGUUCCAUAGUCGGCAAGUACCAGCUAUUUGUUGACACCGUCCACCGCCCAAAAGAUGGUACUCCACAAAAAUGUCGUCACUGCCACCCAGAUGAUGUGUUCAUCAUAUUCAAUCCGUGGUGUGAAGCGGACUCGGUCUAUUUGGAAGAAGAGACUCACAGAGAAGAAUAUGUCCUGAAUGAGACGGGGCGAAUCUGGAUGGGAACCGUCGGCAAAUUCUGUGUUCGGCCUUGGAAUUUUGCUCAGUUUGAUGAUGUUUGUUUGAUGGCUGCUCUAUCGAUGAUGGAAAAAUCUGAACUCGGCGAUCCUGCCAGAGGAAAUCCACUUUUGGUAGUCAAAGCUCUCAGUCGAGUGAUUAACAAUAAUGAGAGAGAUGGCGGGGUAUUGGUCGGAAACUGGUCCGGGAAAUACGAGGAUGGCGUAGCCCCCUACGCAUGGAAUGGAAGUGCUUCAAUCUUAGAAGAAUUUUUGAAAAAGAGGAAAGGGGUUAAGUUUGGACAAUGCUGGACGUUUUCUGCCAUAGCAACAACAGUAUUUAGAGCUCUUGGGAUACCGACAAGAUGUGUCACUAAUUUCCGGUCUGCACACGAUAGUGAUUACAGUAUACAAAUCGACAACUUCUGGACGCCGGAAGGGAGGCCUAGAAAAAUGAUGGAUGAUACUAUCUGGGAUUUCCAUGUUUGGAAUGAGAGCUGGUUUCGGCGGCCAGACCUUCCAGAUGGAUACGAUGGUUGGCAAGCGUUUGAUUCAACACCACAGGAGUGUUACGAAGGUGUGUUCACUUGUGGGCCCUGUUCCGUUCGGGCAAUACAUAAUGGAGAAUUGUAUCUGGGUUUCGACACCAACUUCUUGUUUGCGGAGGUGAAUGGGGACCGCGUGUAUUGGACUGUAGACGCCGACGGUAAUAUGGAACCCGUGUAUAAAGACUGUGACGUAGUUGGAAAGUUCAUGAGUACCAAAGCAGUCAAUACCAUAUCUCGAGAUGACGUCACAUCCAAAUAUAAACAUGAUGCAGAUUCCAUAGAGAAAGCAGACGUCAUUUUGAAAGCCAACCGAUUCUGUGGCCGCACAGACGUUCAAAUCAGGAAACCCUCAGCCACAGAUGUGAAGUUCAGUCUUAAUGGCGACGUCCAAAAAUCCGGAGACAUCGACGUAGAACUUAAAAUGCUGAACACCAGCGAGGAACCGAGGAUCGUGGAAGUCUAUAUGAUUAUCGUUGGUACUAAAUACACCGCUGUGCCUCUCUCUGACCUUAAAGAUUCUAGUUCUACCAAUGUACUGGAACCAAAUAAAGACUCUGUAUCGUCCAUUAGUCUAAAGGCAACAGAAUAUUUUAAUUCUAUCGACGCAGAUAGCCAUAUUUCUGUUUAUGUCAUGGCAUCAGUCAAAGAAACUCAACAAGUAUACAUCAAACGGGAAAUAUUUCGAGUGGAACAGCCAAAUCUAGAGCUUAAAACAGAGGGAAGCGCAGUUGUUGGUAAACCAUUUGAUGUGAUUGUUAAGCUUGUCAAUCCAUUGUCUAUUCCUCUAACUGGUGGGUCGAUUUGUAUGGAAGGACCCGGAAUGGUAAAACCAUCAUCCGUCAAAAUUAAAAAAUCUAUUGGUCCUAAUGAGGAAAUUCGGGAGACGAUACAGGUGAAACCCCGAAGGGCCGGAAGAAGGGAGAUAAUCGCUAGUUUUCAGUGUAAACAGCUGUGUAAUGUGACGGGUGUUGUGGAGGUGGACAUUGUUAAUGAGAGUAAAAACUAAUCAAUAACGAUUUAACCAAUAUACAAUAGGUCUAAUCGAUAACGAUUUAACCAAUAUACGAAAGGAGCAAAACACUACAUUCACUAUGUUACUCAAGUGCUUUUUGUAUUAUUUUUAUUAAACAAAAACAAAUACA